CGGAGUGGACCAAGGGAGGGGCACGAUGGGUUUCGUGCGCGGUGGUGCGAAGACCUGCUCCUGCAACAACUCCGCUCGCAUGGAUAAGAAAGAAGACCCAUGGGCGAGGUCAGUGGAGGAAGUCGGCGCGGGGAGCUGUGGUUUGGGGUGGGAACCUGCGCCGGAGUGGACUAGCCGUCGGCGGCGGCAGGAUCUAGAGAGGAAGAGGAAAGCGACGCGCGUGAUGAUAGGCGACCGAUGGAUCGCCGGGCCGGUCCGCCGAUUAGAAACAUUUACAAUUAUAAUCUUCUCUUAAUCUAAUAUCUAAACCUUGUUACGUGUGAAUACCUUUCUGUCCCUGAUGUGUGAAUGGAACGAUCGACUGGGCAGAAAUCGCAUCUCCCUGGCUCUCUCGGCCUCUUCCCCUCUCGCGCCCAAGGCAAAGCGACGCCGGCGGCCGCGACCUGGCCCAUUCUCCGGCCAUCUCGCCGCCUCUCCCCGACUGCGUCCCUCUCCACCCAAAAAAGAAAAAGAAGGAAGAAAAAAAACUGGAUCGGAGACGCGCCAGGUCGCCAUUCUCUGCGACGCAAGCAGCAGAACAACAAGACGGCCGGUGGCUGCGAGCACCGGAGCGCACGGCGGGGAGAGGGAGCGACGAGGCGCGGCCGGCACAGACCAGAGAGGUGCUGGGGCAGCUUCUUCUUCAGAGAUGUUUCUAGGUCUGUUGAAUCCGCAUGUCCCACAUGGAAAAUUGCUAGCUGUGGUGCUUGUGGCCGCUUGGACCUCCAUUGCUGCUGCUGGUUCGUCGCCUAGUGAGCAGGCAUGGAGCAGCCAGAAAUCUUUCAAUUGCAUGCCCUGCUCUAUGACAUACGUUUCUGAUGCAUAUCCCGGCACCUUGACGCCACGGCUUGCUCAACAUAUUGACUUAGCUGACGUACCUGAUUCUUCUGACUUGUGCAAAGGACUCACUAAUGACCCUGAUGUGCCUGUGCUUUUGGAAUCGCACCGGCAACUUGUUGGUGAAGGUUCCCACCGCCGUCUUGUCUAUUCCAUGAAAUUUGGUAACAGCGAAGAUACUUUGGUAAAAUUCCUUGAUGGCUAUGAUGCGAAUCUUGUGAUAAUUGAGAGCCUCUCUAGUGGGGUCUUUGUUGACCCAUUCGAGCUACAUCAUUUUGUUGAACGAAAAGUUUUUCUUGAUGUUGCUGUUUUUGGAGACACAAACCUGGAACUCCCCUCAGCUCUGUCCAACCGGUCAGCUGUUGAGAUUCAUUUUGAUCUCAAGCCAAGCACAUCAAUGAACUGUAACCUUGUGAUGGAGCUUCCUCUCCAUGCUAGAUACCCACCUCUCGACGCCAGUGGUUACGCAAGGGUUGAGUUGGUCAGCCCUGACCUGCUCCUGCGUUACAGAAGAAAGGAAACCCAUCCUGAUUCCUGCCUGUGGAUCCUCCAGAAUCUCGACGCCGCGCCUGUGGAGAAAGCCACGUAGCGCAUACCCUGUGGCGACGAGGCGCACACAGGAUUUGUAUCUAGCCUCACUUUCAUUUUGGCUCUGGUUUGCUCCAUGUCCAUAGUCCUAGCAGCCUCCCUUGUUUCUUGAUGCAAGUACUGGAAUCGCGAGGCAUGAUGCAUUGGUCUACUUCAAAAGUCAGAUUGCUCUCACAGGUUUUUGCACGUCCAUAUUCAGAGGAAACCAAGUACGGGAAAAAGAGCAUCAGUUGCAUGCUUGGUGUUUGCCCAAUGUUUUUGGCAAUCUUUUAAAGAACUAUGUGGUUGUAAAUUGCCUAGCUUACAUCCUGCUACUUGGUCACAUGACUUGCUUGAUAAUGCCUUUUGUCCACAGGAGCUCUGUCGUGCUAUCCUUUGCGGCAUGUGGGCGAUCUGGACCCUCAGAAAUAAAAGAUACCAUGGGGAGAUGGCAUCAGAUAUGAUCCAAACAUCAAAUUCUGAUGCAAAGGAGAAAGAAGAAGCUAGAAUCAUUAAAUGGAAACGCCGCCCUGUAGGUUUUGUAAAGGCGAAUGUUGAUGCAUCUUUCAAUUUGGAUACUCGACAAGGAGCCACAGGGGUGAUCAUUCGGGAUGACCAGGGUUGGGUUACUGCAACAAGGAACAAAUGGUGUGAAGCCCUCCCUAAUAUUAUCACUGCUGAAGCUCUUGCUCGCGGGGACGGAGCAGAUCUAGGGUGCAACCUGGACCUGCUGAAGGUGAUUAUGGAAAUUGAUAGCCUUGAGUUGAUUAAUUUGUGGCGUAGUAGGAACGUUAAUAGUUCGUGUAUCCUCCCUAUGGUGUAUCAAAUCCAAGAUCUUACUAGGGUGUGUAUAUCUUUUGAGCUUAAUCAUGUUAGAACUUAGAAGAGAAGCCAAAAUGGCUGCUCACUACACAGCCAAAAAGGGCUCCAAAUCGAAUGUUGUGACUUGUGAGUACUUGGAUGUAUCAGGUUCCUGUAUUCCUAAAUGCCUGUAUCCAGCGUGAUUCUCAUGCUGACAGUGAGUAAUACAUGGCUGUUUG